AUGCAACUUCUGGCAAAACAAGUCGCAGCUCUGAUGAGUCUGGGAUUGCUGGGCGCAUAUGGGAUCCCUGCUCCGGAUCAUGCGGUCCAACAAUUGAUGCGAGUGCCUCCCAGCAACUAUCAGGAAUUCUUCGGUAGCCCGCCCUUCAGGCCUGAUCACCGUGAUCCAUACGAUCACAAGGUCGACUCGGUCGGAGAGGGUCGACAGCCCUUACCCUUUAGAAAUGGCGACGGCGCGAGUAUUGACGGCCCACGAAAUCCCGACCGCGAGCGCCAGAAUCCCGAUCUGGUCCGCCCUCCUAGCACGGAUCAUGGCAGCAUGUCGAACAUGCGCUGGAGUUUUGCUGACUCGCAUAUGCGCAUCGAGGAAGGUGGGUGGGCGCGACAGACUACGAUCCAUGAGCUACCGACGAGUCGUGAAUUGGCAGGCGUCAACAUGCGCCUCGACGAGGGCGUUAUCCGUGAGCUGCACUGGCACACGGAAGCCGAGUGGGCAUAUGUCCUCGCAGGCCGCGUGCGGGCCACAGCACUGGACCCUGAUGGAGGCAGCUUUAUGGAGGAUCUCGAAGCUGGUGAUCUGUGGUACUUCCCGGCUGGCCAUCCGCAUUCACUGCAAGGAUUGAGUCCCAAUGGCACGGAAUUUCUCUUGAUUUUCGAUAACGGCCAGUUCUCCGAGGAGUCGACUUUUCUCCUCACGGAUUGGAUGGCUCAUACAUCUAAGGCGGUGCUGGCAGAAAACUUCCGUUUGAAGCCGAACGCGUUUAAAUCGAUCCCUCAAUCAGAAAGAUACAUCUUCCGUGGUUCGAUUCCGGGGCCCAUCGACCACGAGAAACCAAGCGGGUUUCGCAAGUCGAGACUGGACUUUUCGCACCAUAUGCGUGCCCAGGAUCCCAUCCGCACAUCGGGCGGAUGCGUCCGAAUUACUGACUCUACCAAUUUUCCAAUUUCCUCGACCGUGGCCGCUGCCCACUUGGAAAUCGAGCCGGGCGCCCUGCGCGAAAUGCACUGGCACCCAAAUGCGGAUGAAUGGACCUACUUUAUCAAGGGACGUGCGCGAGUCACGAUUUUCGCAGCUGAGGGCAAGGCUCGCACCUUUGAUUACAUGGCUGGGGACGUCGGCAUUGUUCCUCGAAACAUGGGACAUUUUAUUGAAAACCUGAGUAAUGAUGAAUCACUGGAGGUUCUUGAGAUUUUCCGCGCAGACAAGUUCCAAGACUUUUCGUUGUUCCAGUGGCUUGGAGAGACCCCUCAACGAAUGGUCGCGGAACAUCUCUUUGCUAAUGACCCCAAAGCCGCAGAAGCAUUUUUGAAGCAGAUUGAGGGAGCCGAAAAGGACCCCAUAAAGGACACUCGACCAUGA